AUGUCAUUUGCAUUGGAAAAAAAUAGUGAUGUAUUAUUAUUUGCUAAUUCAAAUGAAAGGGAUACUUCAUCAGAUAGAAAUAAAAGAAUAAGUAAUAUUGUCAUUGAAAGUUUUUCAAAUGGUGCUAAUCAAAUGAGUAAUGAAUGUGGAGCUGAUAAGCAACUUGUUGAAGCAAUACUACUUCGUUAUGAAUAUAUGGAAAGAAGUGGAAAUUUUUUUCCUCAAACAACAAAAUCAUUUAUUGAAAAAAAAUUUGAAUUUGAAUUACAAAAAUGUUAUAAACCAAAAAUUGACAUGAAUACAUCAUAUAAUUAUCCAGAAACACCACAAGAUCAUUGGAUGCUUAAUACUCCAUUACCUAAGUAUGACAAAAUAUUUACUUUAACUAGAGAAGAUGGUGUCUAUAGAAUACGCGACAAAUCUGGUGAAUAUAUUAAAGAACUUGAUGCUUAUUUUUUAUCAAAAAAUAAAUAUUUAAAAGAUUAUGAAAAAAUGGUUGGUAUAGUUUCUGAUGGUCCAUUAAAAUCAUUUUGUUAUAGAAGGUUAAGUUAUUUACAGAACAAAUUUCAACUUUAUCUAUUACGCAAUGAACAAAGAGAGUUACAUGAACAAAAAAGUAUAAGGCAUAGGGAUUUUUAUAACGUUAGAAAAGUUGACACACAUAUUCAUGCAGCUAGUAGUAUGAAUCAAAAACAUUUAUUAAGGUUUAUUAAAAGAAAAAUGAAAACAGAAAAUGAUACAGUUGUAUUAGAAAAAGAUGGUAAAAAAAUUACUAUGGGAGAAAUGUUUAAAGGUUUAAAUAUAGAACCAUAUGAUUUAAAUGUUGAUAUUCUUGAUGUUCAUGCAUAUAAAAAUGCUUUUCAUAGAUUGGAUAAAUUUAAUCAUAAAUAUAAUCCUAUUGGUGAAAGUACAUUAAGGCAAAUAUUUAUGAACAUUGAUAAUUAUGUUGAAGGGAAAUAUUUUGCAGAAGUUUUAAAAGAGGUAUUUAAAGAAUUGGAAGAAUCAAAAUAUCAACAUAUUGAACCAAGAUUAAGUAUAUAUGGACAUAAAAAAAAUGAAUGGAGUAAAUUAGCUAAAUGGGCUAUAAAACAUGAUGUUUGGUCAACUAACUCUAAAUUCCUUAUUCAAAUACCACGUCUUUAUGAUAUUUAUAAAGAAAAAAAAUAUAUUUCUAAUUUUGAUCAAUUAUUAGAUAAUAUAUUUACACCAUUAUUUGAAGUUACAAAUGAUCCAAGUUCUGAUCCAGAUUUAUUUAGAUUUCUUUUGCAAAUAACAGGAAUUGAUUCUGUUGAUGAUGAAAGUAAACAUGAAUAUAUACAAUUUGAUAAAUUUACUCCUAAUCCAAAAGAUUACACUGAUGCUGAAAAUCCAUCAUAUACCUAUUACAUGUAUUAUUUAUAUUCAAAUAUUGCAAUGUUAAAUGCUUUUAGAAGGUUAAGAAAUCUUAAUGUAUUAUCAUUUAGGUUACAUUCUGGUGAAGCUGGUCAUCCACAUCAUUUAAUUGAUAGUUUUUUAACAGCUGAAUCAAUAUGCCAUGGAAUACUUUUAAGAAAAUUACCAGUUAUUCAAUAUUUAUUUUAUUUAACAAAAAUUGGAAUAUCAAUGUCACCGUUAUCUAAUAAUUCACUUUUAAUACCAUACCAUCGUAAUCCAUUACCUGAAUUUUUGAUGAAAGGAUUAAAUGUAUCUUUAUCAACAGAUGAUCCAUUACAAUUUCACUUAACAAAGGAAGCUUUAAUGGAAGAAUAUUCAAUUGCAGUACAAGUAUGGAAACUUUCUCCAACAGAUAUGUGUGAAUUGGCAUUAAAUAGUGUACGACAAUCAGGCUUUGAAGAUAAAAUUAAAUAUUAUUGGUUGGGACCAAAUUUCAAAAAUGAAGGAGCAUUAGGAAAUGACAUUUCAAGGACUAAUGUACCAGAUAUACGUAUAAGUUUUCGUUAUGAAGCUUUAGUUGAUGAGUUAGCGCAAAUUUUUAAAAAUGUCAAAAGAUAA